AUAUAAUCUUAAGUUAAAAGAUUCAGGUUCCUGCAAAUGUGUGUGAUAUUUAUAGUAGACAAAAGUGUGCAGCUCUUUCAGAAGCAGCAGAUCUGAUCAGAAGCUAAAAUCUAUAAAAGAUGAAGAAAUCCAAAAUUCUUUGCCUUCACGGUGGUGUCGACAGCAGCGCGCGCCUUGAGGAACAGCUUCAGAAAUGGCCAUCAGAUGUACUGGAAAGAAUGGACCUUGUGUUCAUAGAUGCUCCUUUUCGCGUUGAUAAUGAAGAUUUUCCGGCUUUUACCUGGUUUGACGGUCAAGAUGAAACCACACUGAACAGCACGUUUAAUGAGUCCAUCGCAUACAUUGAGGAGACUAUGGUAAAGCUUGGCCCCUUUGACGGGGUUCUCGGCAUGUCUAUGGGAGCUUGCAUAGCGGCUGCCUUACCGGGAAUGCAAGCCCAGGGUGUGGCUCUAACCAAAGUAGACGAUCUGAAAUUUGUGGUGGUGAUAUCAGGAGGUCAAUUAGGAAGCUCAGGGCUUGCAGCUCCAAAGCUGGCGGAAAAUGCAUUUUCCUCACUCAUUCAGAUCCCCUCACUUCAUUGCUUCGGCGAGAACGACUUGGCAAAGCUGUCAGCAAUUGAACUACUGGCCUCAUUCCUCCACCCUUUCGUUAUUUUUCACUCCGGGGGUCAUGAGGUGCCAGAACUAGAUGAAAAAGGUUUGAAAGUAAUGAACAGUUUUCUGGACAAGAUUCAAGCCUCAUUUCCUUCUCCUCGAGUCCGCUCACUUAUGUAGCUUCUCAACAGCAGAGGAUGCUUAUUGAUUAUUUGAUGCAUCAAGUACGAAACAACAGAGGAAUUCACAAGUUACCCCUCUUUUUAAUAAAUAUAUCUUUCGAGAUUUUAAUUGUAAUAAAAGAUGAUGCGGAUGUUGUCUAAAAUUAUUGAGAAAUUUAUUGAUGCGGACUGUCAUGACUUUUUAUUUUUGAAAUAAUGAUAUUUUUGGGACA